AUGACGGCAUUGGGCAAGGUUCGCAACAUAAAGGGACUGACGCUACCUCCAACUGUUUCUGAAGAUGGAGGCAUUGGUGAUGAGCCGGAUGGCGUCGUCAGUUUUCGCUCGUUCAUGUUUAACUGGCGUUUUCCAGGAAUUCAUCCACACAGUCUGUUGGUGGUAAUAUGUGAUCUUGGCUGCGGCAACGGCGGCGUUGUGGUCAAAGUUCGGCAUCGACCAUCGGGCAUCAUCAUGGCCCGCAAGUUGAUUCGCCUGGAGGUGAAGCCGAGUACGCGUAACCAGAUCAUCAAAGAGCUAAAGGUGCUGCAUUACUGCAAUAGUCCGUACAUCGUCGGAUUUUAUGGUGCCUUUUACUCAGACGGCGAGAUCUCCAUUUGUAUGGAGUAUAUGGACGGACUUUCGCUCGAUAUUGUCCUUAAAAACGCUGGGCGUAUACCAGAAAAAAUUUUAGGAAAAAUUAGCAUAGCGGUUUUAAACGGUCUUCAGUACCUGAAGGAGAAGCUGAACAUUCUUCAUCGCGACGUGAAACCAUCAAACAUUCUUGUAAAUAGUCAGGGUGAAAUUAAACUUUGUGAUUUUGGUGUGUCCGGUCAACUGAUCAACAGUACAGCCAACUCCUUUGUUGGAACGAGGUCCUACAUGGCGCCUGAGCGGUUGACCGGUAGUCAGUACAGCAUACAGUCAGACAUUUGGAGCUUCGGACUGUCGUUGGUCGAACUCGCAGUGGGACAACGCGUUAUUACUUUUCGUUGCGUUUCUUUUAAUUUUGCCAACUAUAAGCAAGUGAUAUUUCAAGGACGAAGUUAUGGCGGGGAGGAGGCUGCAGCAAGCCCUCGAGGCAUGGCCAUUUUUGAACUUCUUGAUUACAUUGUCAAUGAGCCAGCUCCUACGUUACCUAGGGGUCUGCUUUCGGACGAGUUCACUGAUUUUACUGACAAGUGUUUACGUAAGAACCCAAUCGAGAGAGCUAACAUGAACACAUUGAUGCUGUUCGAUAGCAUUCGUUAA